CACGCUGGUAAACUUGAGGCCAGACAGCUCCGUCAUUUAUUCCCAAACCCAUUCUCUCUUUCCUCCACCGCUUCUGAACUUCCACCUGGCUUGACAGUCCUGGUCGCCGGAUCCUGAAUUUUCUCCUUUUAGUAUAUAAGUCCCUUUUUUUGGGCACACCGUGGCGCAAUGUUGCUCCACGGAGCUCUCAUCUUCGUCCUCCUGGCGUUUGUCCAGCUGGCUCUUUGCGCCGAGGACUACUACAAGAUUCUUGGUGUCGAUAAGAAGGCCUCAGACAAGGAAUUAAAAUCCGCAUACCGCCAGCUCUCCAAGAAGUUCCACCCAGACAAGAACCCCGGCGAUGACACUGCGCACGACAAGUUCGUCGAGGUCUCUGAAGCCUAUGAGAUCCUGAGCGACUCCGAAACCCGCCAGAUCUACGACCGCCACGGCCACGAGGCCGUCAAGAAGCACAAGAACGGUGGCGGCGGCGGCGGCGGCGGCCAUGAUCCCUUUGACCUCUUCAGCCGCUUCUUCGGCGGCCACGGACACUUCGGCCGCGGCGGCGGCGAGCCCCGCGGCCACAACGUCGAGGUCCGGGUCGAGAUCUCCCUCCGCGACUUCUACAACGGCGCCACGACCGAGUUCCAGUGGAACAAACAGCACAUCUGCGAGCACUGCGAGGGCACCGGCAGCGCCGACGGCCAGGUCGAGACGUGCAACACCUGCGGCGGCCGCGGCGUGCGCAUCGUCAAGCAGCAGCUCGCGCCCGGCAUGUUCCAGCAGAUGCAGAUGCGGUGCGACGCCUGCGGCGGCCGCGGCAAGUCCAUCAAGCACAAGUGCCCGCACUGCCAGGGCCAGCGCGUCGAGAAGAAGCCCACCACCGUCUCGCUCAAGAUCGAGCGCGGCGCGCCCCGCGACUCGCGCGUGGUGUACGAGAACGAGGCCGACGAGAGCCCCGACUGGGUCGCCGGCGACCUCAUUGUGUCGCUGUCCGAGAAGGCCCCCAAACUGGACGUGGACAACCCGGACAAGGUCGACGGCGUCUUCUUCCGCCGCAAGGGCGAUGAUCUAUACUGGACCGAGGUGCUCUCUCUACGGGAGGCCUGGAUGGGCGACUGGACUCGCAACCUCACCCAUCUCGACAACCACAUCGUGCGCCUGGGCCGCGAGCGCGGCCACGUAAUCCAGCCCGGCCACGUCGAGACGGUCGCGGGCGAGGGCAUGCCCAGGUGGCACGAGGACGGCGAUAGCGUGUACCACACGCACGAGUUCGGCAACCUGUACGUCGAGUACCUGGUGGUCCUGCCGGACCAGAUGGACAAGAAGAUGGAGGGCGAGUUCUGGGGCGUGUGGCAGAACUGGCGAGGCAAGCACGGCGUCGAUCUACAAAAGGACAGCGGACGAGCAGAGGAGCAUGAUGAGUUAUGAUGAGGUGCGUUUGUUGGGGGCACGAGGCGUAGGGCGGGAGGUUGUACGAAAUAUCAGCGAACAAAUUAGACGUGCUAUAUGACUGUAGACCAUUUCAACGUUAACAAGACUGACCAAGUCUUCUGUCCCUAGCAUAGAUUUAUGAGAAGAGUUCUUAUCAUUCG